GAAAAACAUCAAAGAAAAAUUAAAAACCCCACUUUCUCUUCAGAAAAAAACACACUCCAUUUUAUACAUUCGUUCUCUCUCUUAAUCAAAGCCCUAGAUUCUCUCGAUCGCUCUUACCCACCCCUUCGCUUUCUCUCUCUCUCUCGUUUUCCCACUCUCGCAGGUGCUGCUACUACUUCACUCAGCAAAAAUGGCCAAUGCUGCAUCAGGAAUGGCUGUUGAUGAUCAGUGCAAGCUCAAAUUUUUAGAGUUGAAGACAAAAAGGACUUACCGGUUCAUAAUUUUUAAGAUUGAAGAAAAGCAAAAGCAGGUAAUAGUGGAAAAGGUUGGGGAGCCUUCUGAAAGCUAUGAAGAUUUCACUGCAAGCAUUCCUGCUGAUGAAUGCAGAUAUGCUGUCUAUGAUUUUGAUUUUGUGACUGCGGAGAAUUGCCAAAAGAGCAGGAUCUUUUUCAUCGCAUGGGCCCCUGACACAGCUAAGGUGAGAAGCAAGAUGAUAUACGCGAGCUCCAAGGACAGGUUCAAGAGAGAGCUGGAUGGUAUUCAAGUUGAAUUGCAAGCAACUGAUCCUACUGAGAUGGAUUUGGAUGUUAUCAAAAGCCGUGCUGCAUGAUGCUCUCGCAUGUUCAAGCUGGCCUUCGUUGAGUGUUUCCAUACAGUCCACUUUACCUAUGUUUAAUUGUUAAUACCUUGUUAUGGAGCAAUAGAACUUGCUUACAUAUAAUAUUUGAUGGUUGUUGGAGUGUUAUACUACUGAUGAUGUCUUGUUCUUUUGCUUCAGUAAUUUCAAAAAGUACAUUGAUGUGUUAUUUGUGGGAUUUCAGUGGUGAGCCUAGCAUCGAUGAGUAUGCUUUGGCUAUGUAUUCCUUUUCUGGGGUGAACAUGUCCUUUUAUUUGAGAUGGAGUGCCCCUUUAUGUAUCACUAAUCCUUGAAAACUUUUGGAUGUUGCUCAUAUAUGGGAUCCUUUGGCAUCUGUCUUA